AUGAGCCUGACCUCGCGGGUGUUCGGCCUGUUCUCGACAGCGACCUCGGACUCAACAACACCGGUGGGGGACUCACAUACCUCGACAUGGACACAGCCGACCCCAACUGGUGGAAUCCAUGAUUCCUACCACACUGUUCGAAAUGACCUCGCGCUGUUGGAGGAAGAGGAGCCUCGGCCGCCAUACCUACAUGCGAUGUUGGCUGGUGGUACCGGAGGAACAUGUGGCGACAUGUUAAUGCACUCAUUAGACACAGUCAAGACCCGACAACAGGGCGAUCCGACCUUUCCGCCCAAAUACACUUCGAUGGGUCAGUCCUAUUCAACAAUUUACCGCCAAGAAGGAUUCUGUCGCGGAUUAUAUGGAGGAGUAACACCGGCCCUGCUCGGCUCGUUUCCCGGCACCGUGAUCUUCUUCGGCGUGUAUGAAUAUACCAAGCGUUUGAUGAUCGAUUCCGGGAUCAACCCCAGCAUCGCCUAUUUAUCAGGUGGUUUCUUUGCCGACUUGGCUGCAUCGGUUGUCUACGUGCCAUCCGAGGUGCUGAAGACGCGACUCCAGUUGCAGGGCCGACACAACAACCCCCACUUCGACUCGGGCUACAACUACCGCAACAUGCGAGAUGGGUUCCGUCAGAUCGUCCGCCUCGAAGGAAUUUCAGCAUUAUUCCACGGUUACAAGGCUACUAUCUUCCGCGACCUCCCGUUUUCGGCGCUCCAAUUCGCAUUCUACGAGAAAGAACAAUCAAUGGCUAAACAAUGGGUUGGCAAACGGGACAUUGGACUGGGAUUGGAGAUCUUGACAGCCGCCACCGCUGGCGGUAUGGCUGGUGUGAUCACCUGUCCCAUGGAUGUGGUCAAGACUCGCAUCCAAACCCAGCAAAACCCACCAGAGCCCCCAUCCGGUUCUUCGGGCGCCAAACAUAAUGGGCAAGCACAGCAAUCCCCCCCACCGGGUACGCCGCGACUUGACACUUCCUCCGUGUUCACGGGGUUGAAGAUGAUCUACCGCACGGAAGGUAUUGCGGGGUGGUUCCGCGGCGUGGGCCCACGCGGUGUGUGGACUAGCAUCCAAAGCGGAACUAUGCUGGUUAUGUAUCAGUACCUGCUCAAACAACUCGAGGCUUACCAGAUUAUGGAAGGGUCUCUGUAA